CACUUGGAGCUCGCUGCCACCUCAACAUGGAGUAGCUGGAGCCGAGCUCUUAGUGCCGAAGUGCGGGUUCCGUUGAGAGGAAUACCCGGCGCCAUAUAUUUUAUUUAUCUGCCAAAAAUAAAAAUAAUAAAAAAAUAUAUAUAACACGCAAAUGGUAAAGCGGCUAUAUUUAGCAGAGUCACUGGGAAGCCCGGCUUUUAUUUGAAAAGAUGGCGAACGACUCUCCAGCUAAAAGUCUGGUAGACAUAGACUUGGCUUCAUUGCGGGAUCCGGCUGGGAUAUUUGAGCUUGUGGAGGUAGUUGGAAAUGGCACCUAUGGACAAGUAUACAAGGGACGUCAUGUCAAGACUGGACAGCUGGCUGCCAUCAAAGUCAUGGACGUCACAGAGGAUGAAGAGGAGGAAAUUAAAUUGGAGAUCAAUAUGCUUAAGAAGUAUUCCCACCACAGAAACAUAGCCACCUACUACGGUGCUUUUAUUAAAAAGAGUCCCCCAGGACAUGACGACCAGCUAUGGCUGGUGAUGGAGUUCUGUGGUGCUGGUUCAAUCACAGACCUGGUGAAAAACACAAAGGGAAAUCAGUUAAAGGAAGAUUGGAUCGCCUACAUUUCCAGGGAGAUUCUCAGAGGUCUUGCCCACUUACACGCCCACCACGUGAUCCACCGUGACAUCAAAGGCCAGAACGUCCUGCUGACUGAGAACGCUGAAGUCAAGCUCGUGGACUUUGGUGUGAGCGCUCAGCUGGAUCGGACGGUAGGGAGGAGAAACACGUUCAUCGGCACUCCAUAUUGGAUGGCCCCAGAGGUCAUCGCUUGCGAUGAGAACCCAGACGCCACAUAUGAUUACAGGAGUGAUCUGUGGUCAUGUGGCAUCACGGCGAUUGAGAUGGCUGAAGGGGCGCCCCCGCUUUGUGACAUGCACCCCAUGCGAGCUCUCUUCCUCAUUCCAAGAAACCCUCCACCCAGGCUCAAAUCCAAAAAAUGGUCCAAAAAGUUUUUUAGCUUCAUAGAGAGCUGUUUGGUGAAGAACUACACGCAGCGUCCUCCAACCGACCAGCUGCUGAAGCAUCCCUUCAUUCGUGACCAGCCCAAUGAGAGGCAAGUUAGGAUACAGCUCAAAGACCACAUCGACCGGACCAAGAAGAAGAGGGGGGAAAAAGAUGAAACGGAGUACGAGUACAGCGGCAGUGAAGAUGAGGAAGAGGAUCCUCCAGAGCAGGAAGGAGAGCCCAGCUCGAUCGUCAACGUGCCAGGAGAGUCGACUCUGCGCCGCGACUUCAUCCGCCUUCAGCAGGAGAACAAGGAGCGUUCAGAGGCGCUCCGUCACCAGCAGCUCCUUCAGGAGCAGCAGCUCCGCGAGCAGGAGGAGUACAAGCGUCAACUGCUGGCUGAAAGACAGAAACGCAUCGAACAACAGAAGGAACAGAGGAGGAGGCUGGAAGAGCAACAGAGGCGCGAACGGGAGAUGAGGAGGCAACAAGAGCGCGAGCAGCGGCGGAGGGAGCAAGAGGAGAAGAGGCGUAUGGAGGAGAUGGAACGCAGACGCAAAGAGGAGGAGGAACGGCGGCGAGCCGAGGAGGAGAAGAGACGGAAUGACCGUGAGCAGGAGUACAUCAGGCGUCAGCUGGAGGAGGAGCAGCGACACCUGGAGAAGCUGCAGGAGCAGCUGCUUCGAGAACAGGCCAUGCUGCUGGCUGACGAGCGUUUCCGUAAGAACAUUCAGGGCUCCCCACAGUCUGCCCCUCCUUCUAAGCAGCCCCCUCUGCCUCCCCGCUCCUCUGAACCUUUCUCCAAUGGGGGCCCCGCCUCGGAGGCCUCCGCCAUGCACCGCCCCAUGGAGCCUCAGGUCCAGUGGUCCCACCUGGCUGCUCUAAAGAGCAGCAACAAUGCAGCCCCCUCUCCUCCUCCUCCGCCUGUGGUCUCUCGCUCCCAGUCCUUCAGCGAGUCUGGUGGUGUGAACUCUAGCUUUGCACAACUUCACCUGCGGUCCCAGGACCCCCACCAUCAUCAUCACCCAUUGCCUGCACGCCCCGACCCCCAACCUCCCCUCCACCACCCUCAGGCUCAGACCAGGCUUGAACGCCAGACCAGCAGUGAGGAGGUCCCUCCUAAGGUACCAGUGAGGACUACAUCCAGGUCUCCUGUGCUGUCACGCCGAGAGUCACCUCUACCAUCACAGCCCAACAACCAGAGGAGUGCAGGCAGUAGUGUGGAGCAGCGCCCCCUGUGGGACAGAGUGGAGAAACUGCAGUCUAGGCCAGGCAGUGGCAGCUCCUCUGGAUCUAAUGCCAGCUCCCAGGCCAGUCCAGGCGACCGCUUCAGGCCACGUUGUGAGUCACCUGCUUCCUCUAAAUCGGAAGGAUCGCCUCUCCAGCGUCCAGAAAACAUCCUAAAAAAAACAGAUGAGAAGAACUCCUCCAGACCCACAAGACCCGCUGACCUGGCGGCUCUGGCCAAAGAGCUGCGUGCAGUAGAUGACGUGCGGCCUCCUCACAAGGUGACGGACUACUCCUCGUCGAGCGACGAUUCCGGCACCACUGAUGACGAAGAUGAGGAGGAGGUGGACCAGGAGGCAGGAGAUGAGUCUACCUCAGGGGCUGAGGACUCCAGAGCAGGGAGGCUGAGUAAUGGAGAGACAGAUUCUGCUAAGACCAUGCUGGUGGAGGACCUGGAGAGCGAACAAGCCACCACACCUUCCAAAGAUGGCACCCUGGUCAUCAGACAGAGCACAGCUGACAUAAAGCGGUUGGUCAGUCUCUCAUCUUCCUCCUCUUCCUCGCCUGGCCCUGGCCCAGGGCACGGCCUCCCAGAGAAAAACGGCUUUCCCGGCCACAUUCACCACCUACCAGACCUUAUCCAGCAGAGCCAUCACUCCCCUUCCUCUUCUACAACCAUCCUUUCCUCCAUCUCCAUGUCUCCCUCCUCCUCCUCUUCCUCCUUUCAGUCAUCUUCUAGCCAGGCCAGUCCUGGAAUGUGUCCACAAAUUCCCUUGGAUGAGCUCACUGCCAUAGAGGUAUGUUGCCCUCACACCAAAGAGGCAAACGAUCAAGGAACGGCCGGUUCAGAAAUAUACAGGCUUAGAUGUGCAGAGAUCAUUUUCCCAUCUAAUCCUAUGUAUCCUGACUGUACCGUCCUUGCUUGUUGGAGCCUCCCUUCACCCUUUCCUGCCCCUCUGCAUCCUUCUGGUUUCACCACUGCUGCUGUCUGACUCCGCUCACACCCUGUUUCAAACCCUGAGCUCCAGCAUCUUUCCAUUUUCCUGCUCUGCAAUGCGCCCAUUAAACUGCCUCUAACAUCGGUGCCUCCUGCUGGUAAAAUGGCAUCACAACAUGGAGGAGACUCCUCUGAAGAGAGAUUUUGGGUUAGAUUGACUUGCAUCGCUGCUGAUGAUUAAAUCUUUUUUUUCCCUCUAACAAAUCACAGCUUGUGUCUGGAUAGACUAUUGUUUCUUCUCGUUUUUUACACUGUUGUUUCCAUUUGAUGCUUUUUUUCUCUCUCCAGUCUCUAAUAAAUUAACAUUCUGCAUGAAAUCCAUUGGUUUUAACAUGUUUAGUGCUCGGUUUGUUUUCAGCUUAAAUUAGCAGUUGGGGGGAAAGCUUUUAUUAUAUAGAGAGCUACAG